UGUAAUAAUUAACUGAUAAUCGUAUCAUUUUCCACAUUUUUUUGAUUGAUUUUUUCAGCUCUGAAAUUUGGUUCCAUUCUGCUUAAAUUUGCAAAUUUUCAAGUUUGUAUAAAUUCACUCUGCACUGACAAGAAAUGGCAAUCAACACGACCGAAUCCAUUGUCGCUAAUAGAUCGACAGGAGUAAGUUUUGGACCUGUUGCAGUAACUACAACAUUUGACUGGGAUGCGAUGAUGAGAUUUCUCGAGGAAUUUGACGUGACUAUAGCGAGACUUGAUAGCGCGCGAAUCUGGGUUAUGCUCUUUCUGAAACUGCCGCAGAUCCUGACUGUGAUUGUGAACGCGUAUGUGUUGUGGUGUUUCAAGGCAAAAGAAGAGUUGAGAUGUGGCGAGUACUUUCUAAUAUUCUACCAAUCGUUGCUCGAUUUCAUCUGCGUUUUCGCGUCCAUUGUAUAUACCACGAUGACAGCAAUAAGUUUUGUAUUCGAAUAUUGCGAUAGAAAACAAUAUAUUAUGACGGUGUGGGAGAAAGAUUUGGCACAAAUCUGGUCAUGUAACGGAGUAUUUGCUCAAGGAAUGGAUGCGAACAUCUACAAAACAUUUCAAGACAAGCUCCGUUGGCCCUUUCGAGUUUUGGAGGGGAUCAACUACUAUACGAACUGCUAUUGCCUAAUCGCACUGGCUUAUGAAAGAUAUGUGUACACAGUCAAGUACUCGGAAGUCAAGGUGUUGCUCAGCACUCGGCGCCGAACCAUCAUUUACUCAACAAUCGGAGUACUGUCUGCAGUGAUUCCUGCACUUCGUAUCGUCGAUGUUUAUGUCACAAAACAUAAAGUAGGAACGUGGGCGAUACUUGCGGACUGCGACGAGUGCUACUACAAAAAGUACGGCAUUGACUGGUCAAAAAUACUUGAAUUUGGACUCAAAGUAGGUACGCCUAUCAUUUGUGGCAUUUUCUACUUCUUUGUUGUAAAAGAGCUUCUGUCCACGAAGAGAGUUGCCAACAGGAAGCUGGAGGAAACCAAACUGAUGUUGGCUAAAGCGUUCGGACUGAUGUCUCUGGCGUUCUUAAUCUUCGUGUUUCCGAGUUGUAUCGUGCAGUUGGCGAUGACGAUUUACGAGCGUAAACACAUUCAGUCAAGCAUUAUUGUUAUGGGAACUCCAGAACAACUGGUUUAUGAAAAAAUAGAACUUUCUUCAGCAGCAAUGACAUAUUUCCAGAGUUUUUUCUUCUUCAUCAAUUCAAUAAUUCUGGUCGCUAUUGUGAAACCCUUCCGAGAGCCACUGGAAACGAAAUGGGACAAACUGAAGCAAUGGUAUCGCAACAGAAGGUCAUCUGCAGAAGAGGGGCAACACGUUGCUGCUUAAACAAUUUACCCCCCAAAUACUCCCCCACUUUUUCCUUCAUUUUUAAACUGCAUUUUAUGUCACCCCGGUUGAAGUUGCGUUGCCGUUCAGGAAGGUACCCCACUUUUGUCUCAGUGUCUUUGAUACAUAUAAGGGAUGCCCGUCGGAAAUCAUAAUUUUAUUUUGCUAAAAGUAUGCACAUCAGUUUUGCAUUAGUUAUUGAUGGAACUUGAGUCAUAUUGAUGGAAUAUUGAUGAAACAUCGAUUGCACAGCUUUUCUGACGCCUUUAAACUUUUAAUAAUUUUUAUCUUCCUAAAUUUCUAUGAUCACAAGUCAUUUUAGCUCAAGUCAGCUUGACCCAGCUCAACUUAUCCUUCUCCACCUUUUCCUUACCUAUGGCAAAUUGUAUUAUACUAAUUUGGCUCAUUAUACCUUAAUGAAU